CGCGUAUCCAGGUCUCGCGAAACAGAUCAUCGCCACCGAAACCGGCGAAUCACAGAUCCUCGACGAGGGUACAGCAAAACCUGCAUGCCUACUGUAAGACAGAUAGUUGACUGUCUCGUUGCUGCUCGACCCAUGCCAAUCCGAUGCGGCCCCUGCCUUACUGCUAAACGUACUAAUACUGCUACUAACAAUCGCGGUAGUAACGGCGCCAGUCGCGUUAGUAGCACGGCUAACAGCAACAACAUCAACAGCUACAUCAACAACAACAAGAACGUACACGCCUACGAGAACAUUCAGAGCUUUAGAAUGCGCGAGAAUGUCCCGAUCGGUUGCGCGACCAACCGCGACUAGGAUUUCUGUUUCCCGCAGUGCUGGGGACAGCUUCCGCCAAUCAGAUCACGGAUCUUAUGAGUUUCGAUAUUCGUGGAAGGGAAUACGUUCAUUUCUUUUCGUAGCUAUCUAUCUCAACGAAGUUUUCUUCGUCGCUCGGUUGAUAUCGAGUUGAUCGGGCUCGAAUCGAUACCUAACCUCAAAGUUACUAGGUAACUAAAUUACAAAGUAACCUCAAAGGCACUAGAACUACCAGGGUGGUCAAAAGACGUUUUAUUUUCGCAGUUACCGAUGAUAUGCGGGAUCUUUGCUGACAUUAAUUUUUAUUCUAUGGCGAAUAUAUUUAUUUUCGUUGUACCAUUUUAUUUAUCAUUAUCUUUGUAUAUUACGCGUAUAUUGGUAGUUCUGGUGUUAAUUAUUAAUUUUUCUUUAGCAGGUUAGUAAUUAUUUUAAAUUGGUAUAUAGAAUUCGUGGAAAAAUGGCGGAUUUGUGAAUAGUAGUUUCGCGUGAAUUAAGUUUCGAAAUAUGAAUUGGAGAUUGAACAUUUGACAAUAACGGGAUUAUCAUUGCACACGAUCGAAGUUCAGUGAAGCAACGGAGGGAUUAAAGAUGGGGUUCAUUUUGGAAGAAAUAUUUUUUUUAUGAGAAAUAUUUUAUAACGAGCUAUAGUUUGUUUUAUUUGUUACUUUGGUUGUAUUUUGGGAUUGAUGAGAAGUACAAACUGUAGUG